UCAGCGGGACGCCGAGGCGGGGCGUCCAGCGGUGCCCCUCGGCGGGAGGCGGACGGCUUCCGGCAAUAAUUGGACGCUGCGGCUCGGUGCGGUUGGUGGCUGUCUCGACUGGAAGGGACUCGCAGGAGAACUAUGCCGUUUCUGGGUCAGGACUGGAGAUCGCCUGGAUGGAGCUGGAUUAAAACCGAGGAUGGGUGGAAAAGGUGUGACCCCUGUAGCCAUGAGCUCAGGAGCGAGGAUAGCCAGUACACCAUCAACCACAGCAUUAUCUUAAAUAGUGGCGAAGAAGAAAUAUUCAACAAUGAGUGUGAAUAUGCAGCCAAAAAGAGGAAGAAGGAACAUUUUGGAAAUGACACAGCUGCUCACAGUUUUUAUCGUGAAAAAUGGAUCUACGUACAUAAGGAAAGCACAAAGGAAAGGCAUGGCUACUGCACCCUGGGAGAAGCCUUCAACCGGCUAGACUUCUCAAGUGCCAUUCAGGACAUCAGGAGGUUCACUUAUGUGGUAAAACUACUGCAGCUAAUUGCGAAGUCUCAGUUAACCUCACUGAGUGGAGUGGCACAGAAGAACUACUUCAACAUUUUGGAUAAAAUCGUCCAAAAGGUUCUUGAUGACCACCAGAAUCCUCGCCUGAUCAAAGACCUUCUCCAAGACUUGAGCUCCACCCUCUGCAUCCUUGUGAGAGGGGUGGGGAAAUCAGUGUUAGUCGGGAACAUCAACAUCUGGAUCUGCCGCUUGGAGACAGUUCUCAGCUGGCAGCAGCAGCUGCAAAACCUUCAGAUGACCAAGCAGGUAAACACUGGCCUCACACUGAGUGACCUGCCUCUGCACAUGCUGAACAACAUCCUGUACCGUUUCUCAGAUGGCUGGGACAUUGUCACCCUGGGCCAGGUAACACCAACCCUGUCCAUGCUCAGCGAAGACAGGCGGCUGUGGAAGCGACUGUGUCAGUACCACUUCGCAGAGCAGCAGUUUUGUAGACAUUUGAUCCUUUCAGAAAAAGGUCAUAUCGAGUGGAAGCUGAUGUAUUUCACGCUUCAGAAGUAUUACCCGACCAAAGAGCAGUAUGGAGACACUUUGCACUUCUGCCGCCAUUGCAGCAUCCUUUUCUGGAAGGACUACCACCUUGCUUGGUUGUUGAAGGACUCGGGACACCCCUGCACUGCAGCUGACCCCGACAGCUGCUUCACACCCGUGUCCCCGGAGCACUUCAUUGACCUCUUCAAGUUCUGAUGGUGCCCUCAGCCCCGUGCUCUUGUCCACAGCUGUCCCUUGUGCUUUCUGUGUCGUGUAGUUGGUGUGAGUAGUCUGUGACACAAGUGACGACAGGCUCAGAGACUGCCUGUAUCUGUGCGACCCUCGCUUGCUCCCUGGAGAACCUGACAGGAUGCAGAAGAUGCUCAGGCAGUUGUGCACCGUCAGUGAGGGAGAGAGACCCCAACGCCAUUUGUACUUCUUUCUUGAAACUCUUCUCAGCUUAUAAAAUUUGCAGUUUUGUAUAUUUUUAAAUAUGGAUCAAAAAGAGUCUUGGAUACUCAGCCCCAUAUUUUGUGCUGAACUGACACGAACAACCGAGAAUGUCCUUCUUGGUUGUCAGACGACAGUUUUCCAUCCUACAGUAACUGGGAUGAAGAACAAAACAGUUGAUCCUUGUAAAUACAUUAUGCAGAAUAUUUAUUUUUCUUAAAAUGUAUUUUCACAACCCCAGUGGCUGUGGCCAAAUGAGUCCUCAUUGAAUACAAGAUGGACCCAGGAACGUGCUUGGGGCUAUGAACUGGAUGCUCUGUCCAUAGCUGGCAGCAGUGUCCCUGUGUUUCCGGGAACCCCUGCCAUGAGGCCAUCAUAGAUCCAGACUUGGGAUGUGGGCUCCAAGACAGAAUAGCUCCUCUUCCAAGGAUCUGAGGACAGCCCAGUACGGCUGACCUUCUCUUGGAGCAAGUACUUUCAUGGGUAAAGUGAUAAAACUAUGUUUAUCUACUGAUCAGCUUCAUCAAAUUCACAUCUAACUGAAUGGUGUUGUCUUUAAAAUGUGCUGUUUUAUUUUAAAAAUAAUGCAUGUGCACUUUAGAAAUUUUUGAAAAUAAAGAUACAUGAAAGAAAGUUAUAUAAUUCUUCAGUAAAGAUAACUGUGCUUGCUAAAGUGACGUUCAAUACUGCAGCUCAGUGGUGGUGGCAGCAGUGGAUUGCUGUGUCCUCUAUCAUCGUCAUCGAUCGAACCCUAGAGUCAGGAACCCUAAGCUCAUCAUCUCUU